AUGGCAUUGUCCGCCAUGAUCAAUGGGCUUAAGGAAGGGAAAUUCCUAUUCUCCAUAGGGAAAAAUCUCUCGAGUACCUUGGGCGAACUCAUGAGCCGAGCUCAGAAAUACACGAAUGCUGAAGAGUUCUUCAAUUCUCGUAAGAACAAUCAAGCUACCGAACAAUCAUCCAAGGGGAAGAGGCAGAGGGCGAGGCACCACACGGACAAGAGGAGGUCGAACGACAAUGCUUCCCGAGAUCGAAGGCUGAGCAGGAAGCCAGAGAGGAAGUUCCACUCGUAUACUCCCCACAACACGUUCCCUAAGAAAAUCUUGCUUGACAUCCGAGACCAGAAGUUGUUGUAUUGGCCAAGUUGCAUGAAGACAGACACUGGCCAGUGGGAUAAACGUAAGUAUUGCCACUUCCACCGUGACCACGGCCGCAAUACCAGCAACUGCAUCGACUUGAUAGAUGAGAUCGAGACGCUCAUCCGCAAGGGUCAUUUGUGUGGCAGAGACUUGAACAGGGCCCACAAGGCCCAUUCAAGAUGCAUUGAUCUUAAGCAUUGCAUCGGCUUGGCAGAGAGACUGAGGAAGGAGCCCAACAUAAGUCCUUGCAGCCUCACGUUCACAGAGGAUGACGCACGAGGCAUCCAGCACCUGCACGGCAAUGCCUUGGUGGUGGCAAUGCAGAUCACUAAUCACAAAAUCUACCGUAUCGUAGUCGACACCGGGAGCUCAGCCGAUGUACUCUACUUUGAGGCGUUUGACAAGAUGGGCAUAGACAGGUCACGCCUCCGACCCGUGAAAUUCCACUGCACAGGUUUGUCGGAGAUAAGGUGA